AUGAUCACGGCCGAGGAUUGCUGGACGGUUAUCCACUCUUUCUUCGAUGAAAAGGGUCUGGUCUCCCAGCAAUUGGACUCGUUCGAUGAAUUCGCUAGCACGACAAUGCAGCAGAUCGUGGACGACCAGCCAGCGAUUGUGAUUGAUCAGAACCUGGCUGGACUGGACGAAGAAAGCGGUAUGCCGAUCGUGAAGAAGCGCUCGAGUAUCAAGCUCGGGACUCUUACGGUCAGCCAAGCAGCCAUGACCGAGGGCGACGGUAGCACGAGGGCCAUGCACCCUCACGAGGCUCGUCUACGGAAUUUGACUUAUUCAUCACCCAUGUUCAUCAAGCUGGAGAAGACAACACAACUGGCGCGAGAAAGAGCACUGGGUGGACACUACGACGAGGAUCAGGGCAUGUGGGUAGCGCCACCGAACUGGGACGGCACAGUGGAGACGGUCUGGGAGGAAGACCCCGACAAUCCCAAGCAGGCUAUCGAUCAAGUCUUCAUUGGAAAGCUGCCAGUCAUGCUGAAGUCGAAGAUCUGCGCAUUGAGGAAUCGAAGCGAAGCAGAGCUUUAUGCUUUCCAAGAAUGCCCAUUCGAUCAGGGAGGAUAUUUCAUCAUCAACGGUAGUGAGAAGGUGUUGAUCGCACAAGAGCGGAGUGCUGCAAACAUCGUUCAGGUUUUCCGAAAGAAGGGCACAAACACACCGGUUGUGGCGGAGCUGCGAAGUGCCGUCGAGCGAGGAACACGCUUGAUCAGCUCGAUGCAGGUCAAGCUCUGCAAUCAAGCAGUGGCAGCUCAGCAUUCUGGACAGACCAUUAAAGUCUCCCUCCCAUACAUCAGGGCCGAUGUGCCCAUCGCUAUUGUUUUCCGUGCGAUGGGUGUAGUUUCCGACGAGGAUAUCCUGGCACAUAUCUGUCCAGAGGAGGAUACACAAAUGCGAGAGAAGCUCAAGCCUUGUUUGGAAGAGGCAUUCGUGAUUCAGGACCAUGACGUCGCGCUGGAUCAUAUUGGAAGACGUGGACAGCAGCAGGGCACCAAGGAUCGCCGUAUCCGAUACGCACGAGAUAUCAUGCAAAAGGAGUUCUUGCCUCACAUCUCGCAAGAAGAGGGCAGUGAGACGAAGAAGGCGUUCUUCCUGGGAUACAUGGUCAAUCGCAUGCUUCAGUGUGCGCUUGGACGGACUGAGGAAGACGAUCGUGAUCAUUUCGGAAAGAAGCGUCUCGAUUUGGCAGGACCUUUGAUGGCGCAGGUUUUCCGUUUGAAGUUCCAACAGUUGGUGAAGGACAUGAGGCAGUACCUCCACCGAUGCGUGGAGACUGGUAAGGACUUCAACAUUGCGCUCGCGGUCAAGACAAAUAUCAUCACAUCGGGUUUGCGAUACUGCCUGGCGACUGGAAAUUGGGGUGACCAAAAGAAGGCCGCAAGCGCAAAAGCUGGUGUGAGUCAAGUGCUGAACAGAUACACCUACGCCUCGACCUUGAGUCAUUUGCGGCGAACGAACACCCCCAUCGGUCGUGACGGCAAGAUUGCGAAGCCGAGACAACUGCACAACACUCACUGGGGUCUCGUCUGCCCGGCCGAAACGCCCGAAGGACAAGCUUGUGGUCUGGUAAAGAACUUGUCUCUGAUGUGCUAUGUAACCGUUGGAACGCCCGGCGAGCCUAUCGUUGACUUCAUGCGGCAACGUGGAAUGGACCUUCUCGAGGAACACGAUCCGAACCAGGUCAAGGAUGCGACCAAGGUCUUCCUGAACGGUACCUGGGUGGGUGUACACAAAAGUGCCGGACAGCUCACAGAGACUUUACGGCAACUCCGACGAAAGGGUCUUCUCAGUUUCGAAGUCACCAUCAUUCGAGACGUGCGCGAGCGCGAAAUUCGAGUCUUCACAGACGCUGGACGUGUCUGCCGGCCUCUUUUCGUGGUGGACAACAACCCCAAAUCAUUGGAGCCGGGCACUCUUAUGCUGAAACAAGAUCAUGUUGAGAGACUUCACCAAGAUCAAGAACUUCUCGCCUCGCUUGAAGGCGUUAGUGAAGAAGAUCGCGAGCAGCAGCUCUUCGGUUGGAAGGGUCUGGUCACCAGCGGAGUGGUCGAGUACCUUGACGCUGAGGAAGAAGAAGUCGCCAUGAUCAUCAUGACGCCUGAGGAUCUUGAAGAGCACAGAGUCAUGCGCAAUGGCAUGGCCGUCGAGGAACUCAAGGUCGACCCGCAUCGACGGAUCAAGCCGAAACCGAACCCACAAGUCCGGACAUACACACAUUGCGAGAUUCAUCCUGCGAUGAUUCUGGGCAUUUGUGCCAGCAUCAUCCCCUUCCCAGAUCACAACCAGAGUCCUCGCAACACGUAUCAGGCAACCAUGGGUGUCACGUUGACAAACUACAACGUACGAAUGGAUACCAUGGCAAAUGUCCUCUACUAUCCACAAAAACCUCUUGCAACCACACGAAGUAUGGAGUUCUUAAAGUUUCGAGACUUGCCCGCCGGCCAGAAUGCCAUUGUGGCGAUUGCUUGCUACUCCGGUUACAACCAGGAAGAUUCCGUGAUCAUGAACCAAAGCAGUAUCGAUCGUGGUCUCUUCAGAUCGCUGUUCUACCGCGCGUACAUGGACCAGGAGAAGCGCGUGGGCAUGAGUGUGGUCGAGUCCUUCGAGAAGCCCACCCGAUCGGAUACCAUGCGCAUGCAACACGGCACAUACGACAAGCUAGACGAAGACGGCAUCAUCAGUCCUGGUGCUCGUGUAUCCGGUACUGACAUCCUUAUCGGAAAGACCGCGCCUAUGCCUCCAGAUGCCGAGGAGCUCGGACAGAGAACGAAACUCCACGUCAAGCGCGAUGUCAGCACACCCUUGAGAUCGACUGAGAACGGUGUGGUCGACCAAGUACUUCUCACAACCAACACCGAAGGUCUGCGAUUCGUCAAGGUCCGAACACGAGUCACGAAAGUGCCACAAAUCGGAGACAAGUUCGCCUCUCGUCACGGACAAAAGGGUACCAUCGGUAUCACCUACCGCCAAGAAGACAUGCCUUUCUCCGCAGAUGGUCUCACACCCGACAUCAUCAUCAAUCCCCACGCCAUUCCCUCCCGUAUGACAAUCGCCCAUUUGAUCGAGUGUCUCCUCUCCAAGGUCGGCGCCCUCCAAGGCCAAGAAGGUGACGCCACACCUUUCACCGAAGUCACUGUCACCUCCAUCUCUGAGAUCCUGAAGUCCAACGGCUUCCAACAGCGUGGAUUCGAAGUCAUGUACAAUGGCCACACCGGCAAGAAAUUGAAUGCGCAGGUCUUCCUCGGUCCGACAUACUACCAACGUCUACGCCACAUGGUCGACGACAAAAUCCACGCUCGUGCCCGUGGACCGCUACAGAUCCUGACCCGACAACCUGUGGAAGGUCGCGCGAGAGACGGUGGCCUGCGUUUCGGAGAGAUGGAGCGCGAUUGCAUGAUCGCCCAUGGCGCCAGCGCCUUCCUCAAGGAGCGACUCCUGGACGUGUCGGAUGCCUUUCGCGUGCACAUCUGUGAGCUGUGUGGUCUCAUGACGCCCAUUGCGAGUAUCAAGAAACAGCAGUUUGAAUGUCGUCCAUGCAAGAACAAGACGAAGAUUGCGCAGAUCAUCAUUCCGUAUGCAGCGAAAUUGCUGUUCCAGGAGUUGGCGGCGAUGAAUGUGGCGACGAGGAUGUUCACGACGAGGAGUGGGGUUAGCAUUCGGUAGAAGGACUUGUGGCAUGUUUGUGGAGGGAAAUGGGUUUGCAUUGCGUGGUGUCGGGGAGACUGUGGCCUCCAGAAAGCGAGCAGAUCAGUUGCAGCUGGCGUUGGUGGUGUCAUUCAUCCCGCUUCUGCGCCGGGCCUGUAACAAUACGUAGGACUUGUACCACCGGAUCCAGCAUGGCCAGUGUCG